UGGCCAGCAGGCGCUACCAUUGUUUGGUGGGUCGUAUCUAAAAAGUUGUGCAAAUUAAUGGCGGAAUCUGUAGUGUAACGGCUGUAGUUUCUUUGUAUUUUUUACUUUUAUUUGUAUGACGGGAAACAUAAUACUGAAGCUAAAAAAAUAGCAACGACAAGCGGAUACACGAAGCUUAAAAGUGCUGCUGACGAGCUGGACAAACACAAACAAACAAAUUAAAGCCGUUUUAGGGGAAGACUUUGGCUCUUUGUUCCGGGAGCCAUGCUCCUCUCCUUCGACAGUACAGCUUUUGGGAAGACUGCAUGUUGACCUGCGGUCUUUAGGCUCCACCUACUGAAGCUCUUCUUGAACUUUUAUCCGACGGCCAAACAAGAUCAUCAGCUGGAGUUUUCUGGGUUGUUUUUUUCUCCCCCUUUUCCAUUUUUGAUUCUUAGGGAUUUUCACUAGGAUUUUCCGACAUAUUAUGCACCUGAAUGGAUGAAAGUGGUAUUCUGAUUAGCAUGCGGGAUGAGGACCAGUCCUUUCAUGUCCGCUACAGGAUGGAGGCCUCUUGCCUGGAGCUCGCCCUGGAGGGAGAGCGGCUCUGCAAGGUGGGGGACUACAACGCUGGCGUCUCCUUCUUCGAGGCGGCCAUCGAGGUCGGCACCCAGGACCUCCAGGUCCUCAGUGCUAUCUACAGCCAGCUGGGAAAUGCCUACUUCCAUCUGCACGACUACACUAAGGCGCUGGAGUACCACCAUCACGAUUUAACCCUAACUAGAACAAUCAGAGAUCGGCUGGGAGAAGCAAAAGCCAGUGGCAACCUGGGAAACACGUUGAAGGUCCUUGGGCGGUUUGACGAGGCGGUGGUUUGUUGCCAGCGGCACUUGGAUAUUGCCCAGAAUCUCCACGACAAGGUCGGGGAGGCCAGGGCACUUUAUAAUUUUGGGAACGUUUACCACGCCAAAGGCAAGAGCAUCUGCUGGACCGGGGCCGACCCGGGAGAUUUUCCCGACGAGGCUAUGGUGGCUCUCCGCAAAGCAGCCGACUACUAUGAGGCAAACUUGCUUAUAGUGAAGGAAAUUGAAGACAGGGCCGCACAGGGACGAACGUAUGGGAACUUGGGUAACACGCACUACCUCCUUGGAAACUUCCGGAAUGCGGUUGUAUCUCAUGAGCAGCGUCUUUUAAUCGCCAAGGAGUUCGGUGACAGGGCAGCGGAGAGGCGGGCGUAUUGCAACCUCGGAAAUGCGUUUAUUUUCCUGGGGGAAUUUGAAGUUGCUGCUGAUCAUUACAAGAAGACCCUACAGCUCGCCAGGCAGCUCAAAGACAGGGCGGUGGAGGCGCAGGCCUGCUACAGCCUGGGAAACACGUACACACUGCUGCAGGACUACGAGAGGGCCAUCGACUACCACCUCAAGCACCUCAUCAUCGCACAGGACCUCAAUGACAGAAUUGGAGAGGGACGAGCAUGCUGGAGUUUGGGAAACGCCUACACUGCCCUGGGGAAUCAUGAUCAAGCCAUGCACUUUGCAGAGAAACAUCUGGAAAUCUCCAAAGAGACUGGAGACAGAAGCGGUGAGCUCACAGCCAGAAUGAACGUCUCCGACCUGCAGAUGGUCCUGGGUCUCACCUAUAGCUCCAACAACUCAGUUCUGUCUGACAGCAAGGAGAUUGACAGCCUUAAUGGGGCGCGGGCGAGAACUGGGAGACGUCACAGCAUGGAGAACCUGGUACUGAUGAAGUUAACGCCCGACAAGGCACACUCAAAGUGGAGCAGCGACAUCCUAACCAAACCAUCCAAGCCCAGCCUGGCAAAAGCCUCCUCCAAGCUCUUCUUUGUCAACCGCUUCCGGAGCAAGAAACACAAGAGCCACAGCUCGUCCAGCAAAGUCCUGCAGGACACCAGCAACACGCUGCCGCAGUCUGAAACGGACGUACAGGAUCCACAGAAGAGGGUCAGCCCUGACAUGCUGAGCGACGAGGGCUUCUUCGACCUGCUCAGCCGCUUCCAGAGCAACCGCAUGGAUGACCAAAGGUGCUCCAUACAGGACGGCAAGAGCCACAGCUCAACAUCCCCAAGCCCCCCCGCGCCACCUCAGGGAGUGCGGAAAUCCCAGUCAUUAGGGAUUUCACCACGUAACGAGCAGCUGCUGGACCUGGUGGCCAGCUCGCAGAGUCGGCGUCUGGACGAGCAGCGAGCCAGCGGCUCCGGCUUCCCCGGCCUGCGGAUCAACCAGCAGAACGGCCAGUCCGUGCUCAGCCACCUGAUGGCCAACGCGGACAGCGCAGAGCCCGACGACGACUUCUUCGACAUGCUUGUGAAGUGCCAGGGCUCCAGGCUCGACGACCAGAGGUGUGCUCCACCCCCACCGGCCGCCACGGGCCCUACGGUCCCGGACGAGGACUUCUUCAGCCUCAUCAUGCGCUCCCAGGCCAAGCGGAUGGACGAGCAGCGCGUCACCCUGCCCUCCACCUCCAGGUGGCCUCCCUCGAGCUGAAGGCCUGUGUGCGUUUUGGAACAGGUGCUUGGCCAGGAACGCGUACGUUAAGGCCUUCUGAAGGUGCAUCAAGAAGGUGCAUAAACCCAACCUCUAGCAAACGCUAUUUACUGUACAGAAUUUUAAAUCCCUAAAAAUAGCACAAUAAUUAAGUUCAACAUUUCCCUAUUAAUUGAAUUUGCACCAUAUAUUGUUUAAAUGUAGAUGAAAUUAUAGAAGUUGGACAUUAUAUUGUCGGGGGAAAAAUAUUGUUGUACAGAUAAUGGGCUCCUUUAUACUUCGGUUAAGACAGAGGACUAAAGCCUCAUUCUAAGGGCCAAUCUUUUAUUAAGUAAUUAAGUAGCUCUGGGAACCUGCAUUUCAUUAUUAUAACACAAUAUCGUGCUGUAAUUUAAAAUGUCCAUCAAUUCACAUGUCCGCAAUUGCUGUGAUGUGAGCAAUGACAGACAUUUAAAUGCCACAUCCGUGUACUAUAGUCCAUAACCUUUUGGUCGGCACUCAGUCCUUCAUUUCACUUCAUUUACUCCUGCGGGGCAGUCAGUCCCUCAGACACGGGGGAGGUCUCCUGCGUUGGUGUGCUAAUGGCCGGCGCUUGUUCCCCGGAAGCGGCGGUAUCACCCUCAUCAGCAGGAACAUCUGGCACCUGGACGCAAGAAAAAAAACAAGCCAUGUUUACAUCACAUCGUACUGCCUCGAAUUAAACACAACGGAGCGGGGAACUGGAUCCAAGUGGAGGACUGUGCUGUAUUGUUUCGGAGCGGAGAAUUCAUGGGGUGUGAAAGUUUCGUGUUAAAGAGUAAAUGAUGCUGUGUAGUCAUUUAUACUCGGCACACAAGGAUAUUUAAAGGGGAAUUGUGCUGAAGUUUGGGACACAUUCAUGGUCACCAUAGCAACUGGUAGUUGGCAGUCUGCAGCUCUGUGGGUUAGGCCUCUGUGACCGGAAGGUCACCGGUUCACAUCCCGGGGUGGGUCCCUAAAAAUAAAUGACCCACGGGGUGCCGUAUAAACGACCCCAGACUUUAUUCUCACCUGUGUGUAUAUAUAGUGUGUGAGUGUGUCUCUCAAUGGAGAACAAGAUGAGAUAUAUGAAAACUAAAAAAACUCCUAUGUACCUGUACAAACUGCAAAUAAAGUAUCACUUCAUUUUUCAUUUAAAA